AUGAGAGCAAGUCAGCAGCAGCACAAGGAAAGGAUGCAAGAGGAUAGAGGGGGUACGAGCUAUGACCAACAGAGCUCAAAAAUCUGGAAAGGGGUGUGGUCCUUACAGAUGAAACACAAACUAAAACAUUUCAUCUGGAGGUGUCUACAUCACAGCCUGCCAGUAAAUGAACAAAUAAGCAGGAGAAUAGGUAAAGGCAGUCCAAUGUGUAGAAGUUGUGGGGAAGAGGUGAAGACAAUCAAACAUAUGCUGUUUUUUUGCAACACUGCUGAAACCACUUGGAAACUAGCACCAAUACAAUGGGAUGGUUUGAAGGAUAUGAGAAGCAAUUUUGUAAGAUGGUGGGAAGGGAUAUUAGGCGCAAAAAAGAGGGAACAAGGACAGGAGCAUAUAGCGCUAACUGUAAAUAUCCUCUGGCAAAUAUGGAAGACGAGGAACAGGAAAGCUUUUGAUGAAAAGGAUGCAGAUCCAAGGAAGUCAGUACAGAAAGUUGUGGUAGAGUGGAAUGAGUAUAUAGAAGCCCAAAAAGGUAUAGAUGGAGAGUUCAUUCAACAAACAACAAGCUCAAAUAGAAGCGAGGAAUGGAAGCCACCCUCAAGAGGAUAG